AUGGAGAAAUGCCUCUUCUUCAGCCCUGGAGAAUAUCUACUGACCGACUCUGCGUAUCCUGCUGACUUUACAUACAACACAAUUGUACCAGCGUACAAAGUGAGUAGUCUUGGAAGCGAAAAAGAGAACUUCAACAAGUGGGUUGCUCAUGUUCGUGUGGUAAACGAACAGACGAUCGGCGUUUUGAAGGGACGAUGGUCUUCACUUCGAGAGCUGCGAGUGCAGAUACGGAAGAGCGAGGAUAUGAAUCGAGAACUACUGUGGCUUUCAGCCUGUGUAGUACUGCACAUCAUGGUACUGUUGUUUGGUGAUGACUGGCCUAACGAUGAUGAAAGUUCCGACAGUGAUUCAGAUGGUGAGGAAUCCGAUAGUGGUGAUGAAGACCCGUACACGUUUCGUCGGCGGAUUAAGGCUAAAGCAAUCGCUCGUGGACGUGCACCUGGUGGAAUACUGAGAAGUAGAAGCUAG